ACAUCCCUGGCCCGUUUUAUCAGAUUCACACAUCAGUAUAAAAGUACCGGUCCGAUGCGAUUCGGAAGGAAGUCGCCGAACAACGCUGUGCAACGAUGACGAGAGCGAUGCUGGUCGCAGUUUUAAUACUGUUUUCGAUCUCCAGUGUAAAUUUGGUCGAUUGUCUGAUUCAGGACAGCCUGGGAAGAUUUCUGGGGACUUUCGCCACGGUUAAACAAGUGAAAAUACCUUACUUGCUGAAUCAAGUGUGCGACGAUUCGCAAGGUUCUAACACGACGCGACGCGACGCUUGUUACGGCUGCUUCUACCGCGCGAGCGUCUUACCGCAGGAUUUCUCCAUGCUCGUAGCGAUGUCGAUGUGCGCCGACAGUUAUCUUAACAACACCAGCUACGGUCACUGUCAGGCUUAUUUACGAAAUGUGACCAGUACGCCCAACAUGCGAAGUCCUAGGUUAAUAUACUGCUCGUUCCUCGAAUGCAUUCGUCAAGUCAAUAAGGACACUUUGAUUGUCGAUGUCAGAGGACCUAGCAGAUCGUCGCGAAGUGCGCUGUGGCGAAUCAAGCAACAAAAAUCUUUUCUAUUCUCAAAGAUUGUAGUGCCGAGAAACAGUGUUUGUAUAAUUAGACAGACUAAUGCAGUUGCUAAUACAGCCACCACUGUCCGCACAUUACCUAUAAAUCCGCGCAGUGGCAAGCAGCAACCUCUACAUUCUUGAGACUACGACUUUCUCGUUUGGGAAUGCACUGAUGAUGUU